CGUUGCACAUCAUAAAAUUCUAUUUUGAGGAGCGUUAAAAGAAACAAUGAAAUACUGUAUGUAAUGAGCAUCACGACUGUAAUUAUUCACGACUCUUAUUUAGAUCAUUAAUUUUAUUUCGAAGGAAAGUGCACCAAAUGACGCGUGCAUUUUAAUUCAGUGCUAAAGUUUGCAUUGUACUGUUUAAAUGCUCACGACAGCAUUUAAUUUGAAACUGUUUUGAAAUCAGAAGGAUUCAUAGUUUUCUGUUAAAGGUAUCAUUUGGACAAAACAGUUGAAUAUGAUGCGUUUCUCAUGUGUAAGUUUCUGUCGGAUUGCUACGUUGAUCUCAUCAUUAAUCUUAUUCAUUACAGAUGGAGAAAAAGUUGUAGCACCUGGUAAUUUAGUUCAUAAGUUACAGACAACAAUGCCUGAAAUUGAAUAUUAUGCAAAAUUACAAAUUCGUCUAGAAGAUAUUGCUGAUGAAUCAAACAUGUACAAAAGAUACCAUUUGGUGAACAGUCAAUCUACCCAAAAAGUUCUAGAAAAAUGCAAACAAUUUCAUCAACCAGUUCUGUGUGGUCAUGCCUAUUACAGAAAUUACGAUGGGUUAUGCAACAAUUUGAGACAACCUACGUGGGGAAAAGCCAUAACAGAACAAAACAGACUUCUUCCCGCCAAUUAUGAAGGAAUGAAGGGAUUGAGAAAAUCUGUCUCUGGUCAAUUUUUACCCUCUCCCCGUCACAUUUCUCUGCAAUCAGGAAGUCAAAGUAAUUUCUCAAAUAGUGUAUCAGCAUUAUUCACGUUCUUUGGACAGUUCUUAACGCAUGAUGUUGUGCUCACCCCUGUUAUGACAGAAAAUGGCAACGUUCUGAAGUGUUGUGGUCCCCAAAGGACGACCCACCCCAGCUGUUCUGCCGCAUUCGAUUAUCCUACUGCUGAUCCAUUCUUCUCACGCAUCAAUGUCACGUGCCAAAACUUUGUAAGAGCUGCUCCAUUCCCGAAAUGCAAUCUCGAUAAAAGGGGAAUAAUCAAUAAGAAAACCUCAUUCAUCGAUGCUUCGAAUGUUUACGACAAUAGUGAUGAUGCAUCUUAUCGACUUAGGACAAACGAUGGAACAGGUAGACUGAGAACACAAUACACAUUAUUUGGAACAUUGAUGCCAAAGAAUCAAGAUGUCAAUGCAACGUUUUGCCCUUUUGAAGUCAUGUCUCAAUGCUUUGAAGGUGGGGACGAUCGAAUAAAUCAGCACACCAUGUUAACGAGUCUUCAGACCCUAUUUGUUCGAAUACACAACAGAAUUGCAAACUAUCUUUUCAAACUGAACUCUUGGUGGGACGAUGAAACUAUCUUUCAAGAGGCAAGGCGAAUAUCAAUUGGGAUAUAUCAGUUGAUUGUCUACAAAGAAUAUUUACCGUAUCUAAUUGGACCUGAUUACAUGGAAAUUUACGACCUGUAUGUCCAUCCCAGUGGCAGAUCCCUUUACAACGAUGAAGUAAAUCCAUCUAUAAUAGCUGAGUUCAGUACAGCAGCAUUUCGAGUUCACAGUAUGACCUCCACUUGCAUCAGCAGCUACAUGCCACGACUGAAAUUCCGUGACACAUAUUCAAAUCUCAAGCUACUGCAUGAGGGACAACUUGACCCCUUAUUGUCUGGAUCGUCUGAAGUUCCUUCCGAGCAGAACGAUUCUUUUUUAGUGGAUGAUGUUUCGAAAUUUACAUACAAGUACGUAUCUAUCUAAAUAUAGGGUGUUAGAUAAUCAUCACCUUUAAUGCAUAUUUUUGGAAUCUCAAACUAAAAAUACUUUUAGAUCUUAAGUAAUUAUUGGGUCGUCCAGAAAUUUCAUGCCGAUUUUCGAUAGCCGGAACACUCCACCAAAGCUUUAAAACGUCUUUAAAAAGUUUAAAUACGUCAUCAAAAUAAGGUACACAAAAUUCAAACUCACCUAAGACUUGAUGAAUGAAGCGUUGGAAAGUUGCGGCAGCAUUUGAUAAUCCAAACGGCAUAUACAAAAACUCGAACAAUCCAAACGGAGUUGUUACCGCAGUCUUUGGCACGUCUUCCCUGCGUACCGGAAUCUGAUAAUACGCUUUUUCCAGGUUCAAGAUAGAAAAUAUCCUUUUACCUUCCAAAACCUGAAAACAGUCUUGCAUGUGGAGAACAGGGUACCUAUCUGGCACGGUCACACCAUUAAGACGACGAAAAUCACCACACAGUCGCCAGUCGCCAUUCUUUUUUAGAACCAUGUGUAACGGACUUGCCCAACAGCUUUUGGAAGGCUGAUAAACCCCUGAUGCUACCAGAAAUUCAAACUCUUGUUUUGCAGCUUUCAACUUAUCUGACGAUAAACGUCGAGGUUU